CUACGCAGUGCCAGCGGUCGGUCGGUUAGGGAGCACGGAGGAAGAUCGCGGCGCGUCGCGCAGCGCAUUUCAACUCACAUCCUCGUCAUCCCAUACGAGUGUUUGACGCGAGCUAGUGUUUCGAGAGUGUCGUGGAGUGACGAAAGAUGGCAUUGGAAUCGCAAUGACGCUUAUUUGAAAAGCUAACGUACAUCAUGUACUUGGGUGCAGAUUGUGCGUGGGAUAUUUAUUGACUAGAACUUUCUUGAUUUCCUACGUUAAAAGAUAGAUAUGGCUCCGACGAUCAAAGAUAAGAUGAAAAAUAUAUUUCAUAAAGUGCAGUUCAAUAAAACCGAUCAUCCACAGUACAUGAAGAAGUUCACAAAGUUGUACGAGACGACAAAUUUAGAUACAUUCUGGGAACAUUUUAUUUGGUGUCUGAAGGUGCCUCUUUCAACAUCGCAACGACACCCAUAUAUCUUUAACACGUUAGAAUUUUGUGCCAAGUUCUGUAUGAGUUUCUAUCCAUCCUUGGAAAGCGAAAAUGUAGAACCAAUCUCACCAUUUCUCAACAAGUUAUUCAAAUUUCUUUUAUCGAGCCACAAUGCUAAGGAUAAAGGAGUAAGGUUUCGCAUAUGUCAUUUUCUAAAUAUGCUCUUAAACUCCAUGGGUGAUAACGCUUUCAUCGACGACAACUUAUGUGACCAAAUUACAAUUAGUAUGAUGGAUCGAUUGUUGGAUAAAUCACCUAAAGUUAGAGCACAGGCUGUUUAUGCCUUGUACAGAUUACAGGAUCCAGCGGAUGAACAAUGCCCUGUAAUAAAAAUGUAUCUUUUUCAUGUAUCUAAAGAUCCAAGUGCAGAAGUUCGCAAAGCGGUUCUUACUACCAUGGGGAAAAAUCAGAAAACUUUACAAGCUGCAUUGCUAAGAACACGAGAUAUUGAUGAUACUGUACGGAAAAAAGCAUAUGAAUUUAUAAGUAAAAUCACAGUACGUUCUUUGACUAUUGAGCAGAGAGAAUGUUUAUUGAAAGAUGGUCUCAAAGAUAGAUCUGAGAGUGUUAGAACAUGUGUAAAUAAUGUUUUAUUACCAGCAUGGUUAAGAUAUUUCAAAGGAGACUUUAUGAAUCUUAUUCAUUCAUUGGACGCUGGGAUAGGAACAGAAUCUGCAACUUCAGCUUUACAGGUCUUGUUCAAAAACGCUGAUUUAAAUAUUUUAUUGGAGCAAGUGCCAUUAGAUAAAAAUACAAGAUUGAUUCCAUUGGCAAGUUUAACAAAUGAAAAUGUUUUAUAUUGGAAAUGUAUAAUACAGCAUCUUCAUCGUCUUUCUUGUACGGAAGAAUUAGAACUAAUGAUUCCGGAAUUAUCAGAAUUUUGCAAAUAUAUAUGUGAUUUUAUUACUCUCAUAUCUUCUCAGUCAUAUGAGACAUGGGAAAGAGAGAGUCAGAAGUUUAUUCUGCUACAACUUUUUGAAAUAUCUACGAUGUAUGAUCUCUCAGAUGAGGUAGGCAGAAAGAAAUUAAAUGAAAUCAUAAUAGAUACUUUAAUGAGCGAUCAUUGCUCUACUAAAAUAAUCGAGUGUCUGGUGAGUCAUUUGGCAAAAGUGAUACCAGAGCCUAGUAAUAUGCUGAAUGCUGUCGCUAAUGUCAUUAGUGAGACUAGGCUACCUCUGAAAGAAAACGUAGUCACUCAGCAAAUUACUGCAGAGCAGCAGCAUGAGAAGAAUAUGCAAAAAACUAAGUUAAAAGUUGAAGUAAUAGAGCUUGAAGAAAAUUUGUAUCAAGCAAUCAAGGAACAGAAUUUUAUACAAGCUGACAACCUUAAGGAAAAAAUCAAUGCCUUGAAAGAGGAGCUAAAUCGUUUAUCUAAAAUAGCCGAAACUGUAAUAAUUGAGGAUAAUAAUAUACGGGAGGAGAAAAAUGAUACCGCAACUAUGGUGAAGUGUCUUGAUAUCUUAUAUGUUGCGAUGCAAUCUGUUCGUGUAUUGACACCUACACUCAGAAGUUUGAUGUGUUUAGUUUUAAAUAGUUUUGAGCAUCCUCACGAUAGUGUACAUAUAUUAGCGCUGAAAACAUUAGGUGUUUAUUGCAUUUUGGACAAGGAAUUGGCUAAGAAACAUAUAAUGAUAUUCUUUUACCAAUUUUCUCUUGAACAAGAAAAUCAAGAGAUAUGGGUAGUCUCUUUAAAGGGAAUAUUCGAUCUCUUGCUUAUGUAUGGUUUGGAAUUUUUUGAUAUAUUGCAAUCUCCGGAAGAGAAUUCCGUGCAAAAUAGAUCCGAAAAGACUCGCUCGCUUUAUACACACGAGGAUAGUAAUAUUUCAAUAAGUAAACGAACUGAAGUAGAGGAAGGUCCCUGCAAUUUCAUAAAAAUCUUAACGGGAUUGCUAACCAAUGCGAAUCAAGAUUUGCGUACUAUUGCAGCAGAAGGGCUUUGCAAAUUACUGCUCAAUCACCGAAUCAAUAGCAGUAAUCUAAUAUCACGCUUAAUAAUUAUGUGUUAUAAUCCAGUCAACGCCGAUGACAUUUAUCUCCGUCAAUGUUUAAGCGCUUUUUUCGACUGUUUUGUAGCGCGCGUACCCGAUGCUCAAGAAAUGCUCGAAGGCGCAUACCUUCCUACAUUACAAGUUCUUUGUAACGCACCGGAUAUUAGUCCUCUACGAGAGAUUAAUGCAUAUCACAUAUCUAGAUUUAUACUGAGUUUAACUCGACGAGGCUGUCAGAAGACCAGUGGACAAACAUUUUAUACGCACAAUAAUCUUGCGUUUGCUAUACUGGCUGAGAUCUUAAAUCCAGAGAGCAAGAUAGAUCAAGAAGUUCUUAUUAAAUCUUUGACAAAUUUGUAUAUUCAAAUCGAAGAUGAUCUAUCGAAACAAAAUCUGCAAAAAGCUAUCAAACGUGUUACAAAAAUGGUGAUGAAUUAUGACAAACGAUUACUUAAAUAUAUUGAACAGUUCAAACAAAAAUUAGAAAUGCCUUCUGAAGGAACAGAAAUGGAUGUAGAGGUCGAAAGUGAAAGCGAAGAGUAAAUAACUCAUUAAUCGAAAAUAUAUAAAUUACACUGGGCGACUGGUUUUGUUGUUUGAAUAAAAUUCAUCAUUUUUCAUGUAUUUUUGACACCUUUAAUCUCACUUAGGUUUUCUCAAAAACGUGACGUGAUGGAGCAAUUUGUUUGCCGAAUUCGUGUUGGGCACGCAAAAAUACAUAGAAAAUAAUAAAUUUUAUUCCAACAACAGAAAAGAAGUUUGAAAAUGGUGCCCUGUGUUAUUAGGUAGUACUUUGGAUUUUUUUAUAUGUCAAAUAAUAAUACUUUAUAUUUAUUUCCUGAUUAUGAAUUGAAAUAUUUGGGAUUA